CAAAAGCCUAACAAUUUUCACCUAGAACAUGGAGCAAGUCAAACAAAGGGCUGCAAAUGACAUAAGGUAAAAUAAAGCUCAUUCACCAUCUGCAAAGGAGAAUGAAUUGAGAGCAAGCCAGGAGGGAGAGGCAAUGUGUGUGUGGAAAGCAGGAACAGCUGGAAGAUAAACACAAGUGGCUAAAGGAGAAGGUCUCAGAAUGGGGGACAAGGCCAGGAUGCAGCACGGAGACCCUGAGAGGAGGGAGGAGGAAGAGAGAAGGUGGAGCUCCAGGAGUUUCAAUGUAGGGGCCGUCUCCAGCUUCCUCUCUACCCUUAUGACCUUCCCCAUCUACAAGACCAUCUUCCGCCAGCAGAUCCAUGCCUUUUCCAUACAGGAGGCCAUACAGCAACUGCGCCAGGAGGGCAUGCGCCGCUUCUACCGGGGCCUCUUCCCACCACUCUUGUCCAAGACGCUCCAGGGAACCCUGUUGUUUGGCACCUAUGACAGCUUGCUCCUUCUCCUCACCAGCAACCCUUCUGAGCCUUGCACGCUGGGGGAGCGGUGGACAGCGGGCUUCCUGUCUGGCUCAGUGGAGGCCUUAGUCCUGAACCCCUUUGAGCGGGUCCAGAAUGUCCUGCAAGAUGGACGGAAAGAUGCCAGGUUCCCAAACACCCGCAGCAUCCUGCAGGAAUUCAACUCGUAUGGUCUGAAGGAAAGGCUGAUUGCAGGCUACUACCGUGGCCUCAGCCCCGUCCUGCUGCGGAACAGCCUGGGCAGUGCACUGUACUUCUCUUUUAAGGAUCCCCUCCGUGAUGGCCUGGCCGCGAGGGGCUUGCCUAGCUGGCUCCCUGCCCUGGUGUCUGGCAGUGUUAAUGGGACGGUGACUUGCCUGGCGUUGUACCCUCUGAGUGUCCUCAUUGCUAACAUGCAGUCACAGGUUGUGGGGAGGGAUCUCCUCGGCCUCCGGCAGUCUGUGUGGUCUGUCUGGGAGUCACACGGGAGGAAGCUGACCAUUCUGUAUCGGGGCGGCUCCCUCCUUGUCCUCAGGUCCUGCCUGACAUGGGGUCUCACUACUGCCAUCUAUGACUUCCUGAAAGAGAACACAGGGCAGAAGUCCCAGGAGGAAUAAGGGGAGAGGCCAGAGAACCAUUGGCCCUGACAUGUCUAGUGUCAUGUCUCAGAGCCCUGAGGAGUUUGAAUGGGAUUUCGCUUGUUUACAAAGAGGCCCUGAAGCUCAUAGUCAAUAAAACUUUAACACACAAGCUAAAGCUCCAACCUACAGGUCAAAGGUCAUUCUCUGAGGCCAUACUUUCAAGAUCAAGGAGCAACUUCGGGGAGGUGGGAGGAUCAAGGGGACUUAACCAAUCAGAAAGGUGCUUGAUUGUUUGGUUUUUUUUAAACAGCCUUUUAAUAAUCUGGAGUUUCGUGUUCUGUGGCCACCAGGAGUGAGCCAAACCCUGCCUGCAAAAGGCUGAUCUGAUCAUAUGUUUAUGGCGGUGCCUGUGCUCUCCUAGUCUAAGCACAGGCUGGAGAGUCAGGUGAGCAGGGUUCUGUUCCGAGCUGU